AUGGCGGCGAUCUCGGCCCUUUCUGCGGACGCGCCGGGAGUCCUGGGGCUCGACGAGGUGCUCAGGCAAGUGGCCCAGGACGACCAGGAGGAGUGGGAGUACGAGUACUCUGCCACGGAGACGGAGACCUACUACUUGACGCUCGAGCUGUCGUACCCUGAGUUCAAAGAUCGAGCGACCCGGGGGCCGCACCACAGCCGCGGCGGCUACUACAAGAACUGGAUGGACCAGUCUGCGGCGUUCCCGAGGGCUGUAGCCGCGAGUGACAAAGACGACGGCCAUGGCACGCAGAGCGACGACGAUAACGACGACGAUAACGACGACGACGGUGAGCCUGACGGCCAAGGUGGCGGCGAUGGCGACGGCGACGAUGAUGGCGGCGACGACGACGGGCCCCCUCUGGACCCCGAGCUCCUGGCAGCGAGCAAGAGCAUGGAGAUGGAGAGACAAGCAGCGGAAAAAGAAAAAGAGACUGCGCAGGAAAAGGAACAGGACGACGACGAAGAGGAGGAAGAGGGGACGGAAGCGCUCGAGGACAUACAAAUCCUCGACCUCCAUUCCGCCAAUCCCAUCAUCUCGUACAGAGGGCGCGUCUUCGAGGGGCAGUGGGCAGAAGUUAUUGGGACGGAAGCCAUCUUGGCGCGUCACGACAAGGGCAAGCCACUGCCAGCCCUGCGACAUCUGGCGGACAAGGUGGAUGUGCUGGCGGCAAGCUCGUCGCGCAUCAUGACGACGGAAAAGGUGCUGAAGCCAAAGUUGGCCGCGGAGGACACGCUCGCCCCGAUCAAGGAGGAGUGGAACAUUAGGAUCCCGCGCGGCAAGGACAGGACAGGGGAGCGGGCGCUGCAGGUGGACUUUCUGGAGAAGCUGAUUGCGCUGAAGAAGAAGAAGGGGCAGACGGACCAGGUGACGGUGUACGCGACGGACGGGGCGGGUAAGGACUGGAACGACAGGCACGGGCCGGACUACAAGCAGCGCGUCAAGAAGAGGCCUGGACCGGUGGAUGAGGACGACGAGGUCGAGAGCGAGAGCAUGGGAUGGGAGGAGCUGUCGCGGCAGGACGAGUCGGGUGCAGACGUCGAAGACGAGUCGGGGGCAGAGGACGUGUCGAUGACGGGCUACGAUUGA